AUUUGCACCGCCCCCAGACAGUAAGGAGAUCGACACAAAAGUGUUUUUGGAGUCUGUGUUUCAACUGCCUUCUUUCUUGGAUCGCCUUGGUUUCAAAGUCUUCAAACUAAUUAGGGAUGACAUAAAAGAAAGCAUCACAAUCCAGUGAAGUAUGAGACACUUCAGCAGAUCCUGAUAGCAGAGAAAAGCAUGUAUGGUUCAGAAUGGCCUAAAGCUGGAGCAACACUGGCACUUAUGUGGUUAAAAAGAUGUUUGCGCUUCAUCCAGAUUUUAUUGCAAAGUCUAGCUGAUGGUGAAAGAGAUAAAGACAAUCCCAAUCUCAUCCGCAUCAAUAUUUCUAAAGCGUAUGAUGAAGCCCUCAAAAGGUACCAUGGCUGGAUGAUCCAGAAUGUUUUCAAGGUUAAAACAACCCAGCAUAGGUGUAAUUACAACACAUGGAGCUGGGCUCGUCCCUUUUUGACCCAGGGCUGGGUUGAAAAUAACAGACAUUCACUGAUCAGUGCAUGUGGGAAUCGUAUGCAUGGUUCAGCUGCAGUAUGUGCUGCACCCUACCGAUCGGAUUUUCUUAAAGCUUUAUCCAAGAAUCAAGAAGUUGCAGAGGAGGAUUGCUUAUCUAAAGUUCGUCAGUUUUUAAUAAACUUCACGCCGGCUGUGGAUGCCAUUUACGAAAUGUAUUCAAUAAUGAAUGCUGAACUAGAUUACAAGGUUUAACAGGUGCUUUUUGUGGUUUGCAUAUCCUUUCUCCUU